GCCCGUUUGUUCCCGGCGGUAAGGGCUGCGGGCACGCCUCCCGCCGCUGCGGCCCCCUCAUGGCCUUCAACUUCGGGACGGCGGCGGGCGCCGGGGCCUCCAACCCCAGCGGAUUUGGUGGGCUUGAAACCACAAACUCCACCGCCGGUGGGUUUAAUUUUGGGGGUUUCGGAUUAGCUGCUAAUCCCGCAGUGAAUUUUAAUAUUGGGAAUUUCGGUGUUUCUACUACCUCAACUCCACCAUUCAAUUUUGGUAACAGUCUGGCAAGUGCAGGUGCGUUUGGAGGAUUUGGGACAACCACUACCACUGCAGCACCAGCAUUUAGUUUUUCUGCUCCCACCAAUACAGGCACCACCGGACUCUUUGGUGCUACCCAGAACAAAGGCUUUGGAUUUGGUACUAGUUUUGGGACAGGCACUGGUACUGGCUUGGGUACUGGGUUGGGAACUGGGUUAGGCUUUGGAGGCUUCGGUACCCAGCAGCAGCAGCAGCAGCAGACCUCAUUAGGAGGCGGUUUGUUCAGCCAGCCUGCUCAGACACCUGCCCAGUCAAACCAGCUCAUCAAUACUGCCAGUGCUCUCUCAGCUCCGACACUCUUGGGAGAUGAGAGAGAUGCCAUCUUGGCAAAAUGGAACCAGCUGCAGGCCUUCUGGGGAACAGGGAAGGGGUACUUCAGCAAUAACAUUGCUCCAGUGGAGUUCACGCAGGAAAACCCAUUUUGCAGAUUUAAGGCUGUGGGUUACAGUUUAAUGCCCAACAACAAAGAUGAAGAUGGCCUGGUGGUCUUGGUCUUCAACAGAAAAGAAGCAGAUAUUCGAAGCCAGCAGCAGCAGCUCGUAGAAUCACUACAUAAAAUUCUGGGAGGAAACCAGACCCUUACUGUCAACGUAGAAGGUGUUAAAACGAUGCCAGAUGACCAGACAGAAGUGAUCAUUUAUGUCGUUGAGCGUUCACCCAAUGGCACUUCAAGGAGAGUUCCAGCAACCACCCUCUACGCCCACUUUGAACAAGCCAACAUAAAGUCAUCCCUGCAGCAGCUGGGGGUCAGCUUCUCCAUGGCCAGAACGGAGCUCUCCCCAGCCCAAGUCAAACAGCUCCUUCAAAAUCCCCCUGCUGGUGUCGAUCCUAUUAUAUGGGAACAAGCCAAAGUUGAUAAUCCUGAUCCUGACAAGCUUAUUCCUGUGCCCAUGGUGGGUUUCAAAGAACUGUUGAGAAGAUUGAAGGUCCAAGAUCAGAUGACCAAACAGCAUCAAACUCGCUUAGAUAUAAUAUCAGAAGAUAUCAGUGAGCUGCAGAAAAACCAGACUACAACUAUGGCAAAAAUUGCACAGUACAAAAGGAAGCUGAUGGCUCUUUCUCACAGAACGUUACAGGUGUUAAUAAAACAAGAGAUCCAAAGGAAAAGUGGCUAUGCCAUUCAAGCAGAUGAAGAACAGCUUCGUGUACAGUUAGAUAUAAUUCAGUGUGAACUUAAUGCACCCACACAGUUCAGGGGCAGACUGAAUGAGCUCAUGUCCCAAAUCAGGAUGCAAAACCACUUUGGAGCAGUGAGGGCUGAAGAGCGUUAUUACAUAGAUUCAGACCUCUUAAGGGAAAUAAAGCAACAUCUGAAGCAGCAGCAAGAAGGCCUGAGUCACCUAAUUAGCAUUAUAAAGGAUGACUUGGAGGACAUCAAACUGAUAGAGCAUGAGUUGAAUGAGAGCCUUCCCAUGAGAGGAGGUUUCUUCAGUUGACCUGCAGGAUGCUGCUGGGCUCACGUGGAAUGUUAUUCGAGUUUAUGGUUCACCUUCCAAGGCCAAAACUGGUGAGGUAAAAUAAAACGUGCAUCUUUCAGGAGCAAUGGUGUAUUGGCUGUUAUUUUUUUUAGAAUUUGCAAAGCCUCUUCUAAGCUUUUGAAUUUGACCUUUGGAAGGUUUAUAUUUUGUAAAGCUGUAUAUGCUUUAAAAAAAGAAGGAAAACUGAAUCUGUUCAGAUACUGUUUUACUAUAAAACAAUAUGUACUAUUGUACAUUUUUUUUUUCUUUAAUUACAGCAUAAUUGUCUUAGAAAUGCUGUGCUGAGGGAAUUGUUCCACUUGUGACUUGGUUUGUGGAAGCUUAGCUAGCUGCUUCCAUGUUUUUGUCAGAACAGCUGAGUAACGUUAUGUAAAGAGCUCAUCUAAAUCUUUACAGAAAUGUCUGAACUAUGUUGGUCUCUGUAAUGCUGGUAGUUUUCUGGGGUGUUUCCAGGGUCUGCCCUUCCUUUGGACUGUUUACAUAUGUGAAUUUUACAGUGCUUUUCUGCCCCUCAGCUAAAAACAAAGUGUCUAGAUGUUGUCUUCUUUUUUUUUUAUUUUGAAUUUCUGGAGAAUAAUAAAUUCAGUCUGACUUUGUAA